AUGUCUGAGAAGCACUUACAAACAGGUGAUGUUCUGCCUCCCUACAGUGGAAAACUGCGGCUGUUUGCAAUGAGAUUCUGCCCAUAUGCUGAAAGAAGUGUGCUUGUGUUGAAUGCUAAAAAUCUUGAAUAUGAUUUAGUCUUCAUCAAUUUGGAUCAUAAACCAGAAUGGAUCUUCCAAUUUAGUCCCAAGGGUACUGUACCUGCUCUAGAGUAUGAACAAGGAAAGGCAAUAUUUGAUAGUAACAUCAUAAAUGUAUACUUGGAUGAGAAGUAUCCUGAGAAAGCCCUCCAGGCUUCUGACCCCCUGCGCAGAGCAGAAGAUAAAAUGAUUGUGGAAAACUUUAGUGCUGCCCAAUCUGCAUACUACACUGCUGCCUUCAAUGCACAAGCUCUGCAGCCAAGUAUGGUUGAAAACUACCACAAAGGUCUAGAAGGCUUGCAAAAGGAAUUGGAAAGCCGGGGCACUAAGUUCCUCCAUGGAGCUGAAGCUGGUCUAGUAGAUUUGACUUUAUGGCCAUUUUUGGAAAGAUUCCUUGCACUGCCACUUUUGGGAAAACCUGAAUUUGCUAUUGACUCAACUAAGUAUGGUUUGUUGACAACAUACAUUGAAGCAAUGAAGGCAGUACCUGCUGUGAAAUCAUACUACUUGGCAGCUGAGACCCAUGCCAAGUUCACCGAGUCCCGUGCUAAAGGAGACCCUAACUACAACAUGCUGGAUACUAGUGCAGUCUGCUGCAUGCGUCCGAGGAAGAAGAAAGAAUAA